AUGAGAGGAACACUGGAACACAGUUUCGGUGUGUCUCCAGCUUCAGAUCUACCUCUGAUGGAUCAAGCUGCAGAUGAUGUGGACCUGUGUAAGGGACAUUGCAAUGCUUGUAUCGAGACCCAAAUUAAGCAUGCCAUCUUGAUAGGUGUUCGAGAUGAAGAGACCAAACAACGUCUUUUAGAGAUGAAAUCUGAGGCCACCCUUGAUGACGCAAUAACUGUGUGUAGGUCUCGUGAGGCUGCUGAGUCUACCACUCAAGAACUACGCCCAUUGCAACCAGCUAGAAGGGCAGUGUCACAUAUCAAGAAGAAGUGUCCCGCUUCUACUAGCGCCUGCCGUACCUGUGGCAAAGUAGGCCACUUUGCCAGCCGUUGUCAGUCAUCAAAGAAGAAACUGACACUAACCCUACAAGGGAAUGUUCUCUUGGUUUCCCAAGAUUCACGCAGCAUAGCCAAAAUCUGCGCGGUUGAAACUGAAUCCCGUGUAGGCCCUGCAUCUCUGACAAUUAGAUUAGUGCAGUCAGGAGGCUCUUCAGCAUAUGUGGACUGCAUACCAGACACAGGAUCUGACACGACCGUCAGGGAUGUUACCCUUCUCGAGUCUCUAGGAUUAACCAUAGACAACCUGGACACCUCUACAGACUUCGGAUUGAAUAAUCCUGAUGGGUUGCAUAUGAACUGUAUUGUCCUUGGAUCAUUAUAUGCUAGCAUGACGUAUGGUGUAGUCACCAUACAGGUGCCACCCCAGGAAGCCACAUGCCACCAGCCAGGCCCACCUAUUCCAUCACAACGGUUCUCUUUACAUCCACCACGACCUCCUCCACUCUCGGCAUCCCCAGGUGAGGCGAAGCAGUUUUUCCUGCGAGAAUUUUCAGAUGUUCUCAUAACGAAGGAAGAUUUCCGACGAGAUAGGAAGCUCAAGGUGAUGUGUGGACCCCCUAUGAGGAUCUUUGUAAAGGACGAUGCCAAACCUGUGCACACACCUCGAGUCAUUCCCCUUGCCUGGCAGGAUGAUGUCAAGACAGAGUUGGACUCCAUGUGCUCCGUCCUGCCCAUCCCUCACCAACGCCUCAUGUUGCUGAACGUCGUAUCAACCCAAAGGCACGGUACUUUUCCACAUUGGAUGCCUUAUUUCGACUAUGGCAAAAUACCUUUAGAGGAGCAAGAUCAACAUUUAACAACAUUCAUCACCCCUUAUGGUUGCUUCUGCUUUUGUCGUGGACCCAUGGGCUUCGCGGCCACAGGUGACGAGUAUUGCCAUCGAGGUGACAUAGCCCUCGAUGGAGUGCAGCAGUAUGUAAAGGUGGUAGACGACGUCCUUCUAUGGGAUGAGAACUAUGCAUCCCACCUACAGCACGUACAAGUUCUUCUGAGAUGCUGUGCACAUGGCAUUACUAUGAACGCUGACAAGUUCGUGUUCACAGCACCUAAAGUGUCAUUCUGUGGGUAUAUCCUGUCAGGGAAUGGAAUUGCAGCUGAAGAAGAGAAGGACCGUGCCAUUGCUGAAUUCCCAAAGCCAGCUAACCUGACAGACCUCCGAUCAUUUAUGGGCUUAGUGAACCAACUGGCCGAGUUCACCCCUGCUAUCGCUGAGUCUGCAGAAGUUUUACGUCCCCUCAUGAGUCCCAAGCAUGCCUUCAUAUGGACUCCUGACCAUGAUGCAGCAUUUAGCCGUGUGAAGAAAGCCCUGUCACAACCACCUAUUCUCGCCCAUUUCGAACCAACACUCAAAACCAUACUUCAGACAGAUGCUUCCCACCUGUAUGGUGUAGGUUAUGCUUUGUUGAAAGAACAUAACCCUGAAGAAUGGCGAUUAGUUCAGUGUGUUUCCCGGUUUCUCGCAGAUGUGGAGACAAGAUAUGCCACAAUUGAUUGGAACUAG